UAUAUGCGUCAAGUAUUUAAUGUUCGGAAGGCUUAUCUUACAGAUAAAUGUUAGUUUUAUCGUUAUCAGUUAGUAAGUGAUAGCAAAAGAUGACGAGCGGGCGUAGUUUUCAGCAGUAACUUUUUGAAGUUUCUAUCAUCCAAACCUGUGAUUUAGAGAGUUCUAGUGACUUUAUAUUGAACUGCUUCACAUUUGACUGUCAGAUAUUAAAUUUGUGUUGGUGACAAUGGCUGAAAAAUGUAUGUAUAUUAAUGUAUCAAAUCAUUCAUUACGGGCACAGACGAGAGCUAUUAUACUAUAUGCACCCGUUUGGACUUUGCAACAUUGAAAUAAUAGAAUUUCGGCCUCUUUCUGCCAGAAGCAGGCCCAAGAUUGAAUAGAUCUUUAUAAAGAUAAACAUAGUUUGCCUGCUUCUAGAAUGAUCCUCUUAAUCUAUCACUAAAUUUGAUAAUAGGAUAUUCAUAUUAUGUUCUUUAGAUAUUGAAAAGGAAAAACAGCUAUCAAUUUUAGAGAAUUAUGCCAGAAUCUGAGUAUGAGUUCAGGUCAUGAUAAAUAAGCUCAUUAAAAUUGAAUAGUCAAAAGUGAUAUUAAGUCAAGGAAUUUGUUUCUGCUGAGCCAUAACACUGAAUCAUUUUAUUUAUAAAACGAAAAACCUUUUUGGGUACCUAUCGGCAUUAAAACGAUCACUAAUAUGACGCUUUAUAUAGGUAUAACAUAUUGAUGUAUUCAUGAUUCAUUACAAUACCUACCCGAUCUAACUAUCUCGUUUAAGCAGUGUACGAAAUAUUUUAUCUACCUCUUUAGAUUACAUUUACAUAUCACCUAGGCAUUGUACAGAAUACCUUUACCUAUUCUACAGCGAAAUAUUGCGUUUAGUGAUUUGAGGCAAGGCUGAAGACUGAGGCAAGUAAUAAAUAAGGUCGACCAUGAUUAAAAACUUGCUCACAACAUUCUUAUUUUCUCACUUUCCUAUUCUUUUUCUUCUUCCUCAACAACUAUUCUCCCACUGCCGAGUGAAGACCACUUCCGAUCUCGGGCAGACUGCAUCUAUUUAACGAUGGCAUCCGACUGGGCUCUACGUUUCUGCGUGUGGUUCUCUCUCUCUCCAAUCCAUGAUCUUACAGCUCUACCUACCACCCUGCGUCUGCAGACAUGUUCCACCCAUUUUGCUGUCCUACCACCAGUCUAUUUAAAACAUUUCCAUGACGUCUAUUUGCAAAGACAGCUGAUGCGGUAGAUUAAUGUUCCAUUCCAGAUAUCCUAACCUUGAUGGUUUGAAACCAACCCUACACGUCGUCGAGCCCUGAAAACUUUACUCGCUUACAGAAACGAAACACCAUAAAAAGUAGUUUUAUAUCACUGGUAAUGGGAAGUCCCCGAUGAGCGCUCAAAAUUCCAGGCUAGCUUUUGGAACUGUAACAAAAUUUUGCGGACUCGUUGUUUGAAGAAAAAAUAGCCACACAAACCGCAGCGCAGCACAAACACAAGCGUGUAAUGUUUCCUCAUUGCUUAUAAUUAGGACGUCAUAUAUAGACCAAUGCCUUCGGAUCCGAGCAGUGUGAACUUCAUCAACAACCAACCACCGCCUCCGCCGUAUCAAGGCCCCCCGCCAGCGAUGCAACCAGGACCCAGUGGCACGACAUACGUCACUGCAACACCUGUGGUCGUAGCACCCAUAAAUGUUGUCAGAAUCAUGGGCUCGGCACCCUCGUCUUAUAUAUGCAAGAGUUGCAAUAUGAACAUCAUCACCAGGACUGAGGUGAAACCAGCCACGAAGACACAUCUGUUCGCACUCCUUUUGUGCGUGUUGGGCCUGUGGCCCUGCGUAUGCGUUCCAUACUGCGUCGACUCGUGCCAGAGCAUAGAUCACUACUGUCCAAACUGCAGUGCUUACAUCGGAACUGCUCGAUAAUAAAUUCCAUUGUUUAUUGUCAAGAUUUACAUUGCCUGAUUAGAUUUAGAUUAGAUUGUGGUUUGUCUAGUCAAAUUUCAGUGUAGUAGUUUCCUACAUUUCAUUAUAUAAACGCCUGAAUACCAUAUUAACUGCACGGAAGCGGGCCAAAAAAUAUCUACUAUAUAUGAUAUGCUAUGUAGAUAUGCUUCUGGCUAAACACGCACACAUUGACUGCUUUAAAACAUUCUGACAUUAGAGACAUGCGUGUCUCUAAUGUCAGAUCGUACACAUUGAGUGCAAGAUAAGCCGUUUUCUUGGUAUAUUUGGAUUGCAUAUCUAGGCGUGUUUAUAAUCAAAGUUUUUUACUAUCUCUUUGUUGUUCGUGUGAAUGGGAAAGAAACUCGAAAAACCUUUUUUAAUGACUGUGUUGAAUGAUUUUUAAUUAUAUUUUUAAUAUAAGUAAUUGCUCCUUCAUUUUGGCAACUUAUAUUGAUUUCAUUUUAUGUACCUACCUAAAGCAGACUAAACAACUUUUGAAUAAUACUUUUAAUUGUGAAAUAAUGUUUUAAUUAAAACUAUAAUUUUAUGAACAGACCACAGAGAAUACUAUACCACGGAGCAUGGGAAGAGUGCAUUUUGCUUGCUAUAGGUAUACUUUGUAACCAGCUGCGGACGGUAUUUGUAGGUACCUAAAUGACUUUGUUUCAAUUGAUAACUUCCUUAUGAAAUUUUCUCCCAUUUCUGUUAGUUUUUAUUUCUUUCAUUUUAUAUAAUAAUUAUGCAGUCUUGAUUCUUUACAAUAUAAUACAACACAAAAACUCUUUAUUGUACACCACAAAAAAAAAUAACAUUGUACAAAACAAUCUAGUACACGUGAUGCAAUGGGCGGUCUUAUCGCUUAAAGCGAUCUCUUCCAGGCAACCUUUCGAUCGAGAGAAUUAGAAGGAAGUGGGAGAGACGGCAUUGUAAAUGGCUAGUAAAAUGUAUAAUAUAUUAGUAUAUACAUACAUACACCAUACACAUAUACACUCCCAGACACAUCUAUCGGCCCACUUAAGUUUUAUCGGUCAGUAGCAAAAAUAUAUGUUAGGCUGAGCAAUAAUAAUAUAUUUAAAAAAAAACAUACGAAAUAGAUGGUUAAUAAAUCAGCUUCAAAACUGCGUAAAAACUUUUUGCUUAAUGUAACUUUAAUAUUUGCUAGAGCCCGUCAAAUCAAAACUUAAAAUGCUGGGUGGGCCGAUAGAUGUGUCUGGGAGUAUAUAAUAUAUUAUAUAUGUUACCGGCCAAACCCGAUUUCAGGACAAUCUAGUUUUGCCUAGGCUAAACUGGUUCUUCCUAUACGCGAUAGGAUUAACUAGUAUAGCCUAGUCCAAACUAAUUUAUCCUAAGCGCGACAGGAUAAACCAGUUUAGCCUAGGCCAAACUAGAUGAUCCUGAUAUAAAUACGCACACUCUAGGAUAAACUAGUACGACCUAGUCUAAACCAAUUUAGCAAAGCGGAAAGUAAUUGAACAGACAUGUCAGGACUUGUACAGGGCGCGUCAUGUAAAAAGAACGCUGGAAGAAAGUGGAGGGAGUGUUUUUUCUGUAAUUGGUUUUUGUUUAACUCUUUUGUUGUUGCCGGGAGUUCGGAAGACAGUAAAGCCGGGUACGCAUUAGCGAUCUGUUACCGUAACAUGCGUGAUACAGUACGAAGUUCUAGUGUGUACGCUAGUAGCUCAGUUGUGAACGUUGGCUCGCUUCAAACCGCACGCGUACCGUUCUCGCAGCAGGUUAUCGAACCACGUACACACUAUGCUUUUUGGUUACAGUGCGUGCAACGGUUAUGGUUACAGCUCGCCAAUGAGUAACUACCCGGCUUAAGAAAUUCCGAAUCAUUCGAACCUUUUACAAUUCAUCUCACUGUAAACUCAAAAUAUUUUAAGAAAAGUUUACUAGAAAAAAAAAACCACGCGGACCAGGCAGCGGACCGGACUCGAACCCGCACCCUUCGCAAUCCGGGCGAAUGCACUGACCAUUAUGCUACCACGGCCCUAUUCACCGCGUCGAAAUUUUCCUAGCCUUAAGCUGCGAGGCAGCGCCAUCUCUUCGCAUUGUAGGUUGCAACCACGCAACCCACAAUGUCAAAUGAAUACUUUUUCAAGUAUUAAACAUUUGAAAGAAGAAAUAGCAAUUAUAGUUAUUGUUUUUAUUUAUUUUUAAGCAUUUAACUGCUAGGUGUUUAAAUCUAAAGAAAAGUUUACUAGAAAAAUUAAACUUUUCUUACUUUUCUUUGUAUUACUAAUUAUCCAUAACUUGUAACGAUGAAUCAUUAUGGUUUUAAUAAAAAAUAUUAUUUUUCCAAUUACGGAUUAUUUUAUUCAGUUUAUCUAUUUAUUUUGACUUUCUAGAUAUACUAUAAUGGCACUAGGCCAUACUAGUUUAUCCUAGAGUAUGCGUAUUUUUAUCAGGAUCAACUAGUUUGGCCUAGGCUAAACUGGUUUAUCCUAUCGGGCUUAGGACAAAUUAGUUUGGACUAGGCUAUACUAGUUAAUCCUAUCGCGCAUAGGAAGAACCAGUUUAGCCUAGGCAAAACUAGUUUGUCCUGAAAUCGGGUUUGGCCGGUAACAUAUACAAUUUAAUACCUAAACAAAAUUAACAGGUGUAAACUUAUAUUACUCACUUUGAAUGAAUGAACACUAAAUUAUACACCAGGAAAUUUUAAAAUGCAAUUAAUUAAGACUAUUGCAUUAUAGUACAAACGGCGGCCUUAUCGCUAAGAAGCAAUUUCUUCCAGGCAACCGUAGACCGCACUUUGCCGAGAGACUGCCUUCGAAUAAGUUAAGGUUCAUACUAGAAAAAAAACACAUUCCAGAUAAUCUCUAUAUUAUGUUUUGUAUUGAAUUAUAAAAAAAAUGUUAAUAUCCAAAAAAUGUUAAUAUCCAGAAACAGGCAGCAGACAGGACUAGAAACCCGUACCUUUUUGCUAUCCGAGCGAAUGCACUGACCAUAAUGAACUUAACGUAACAUUCUUAAAAAAAUAAAAUUAUAAUGUUGUUUAUUUUUGUUUACAAGCAUAAGCCAUAAACCGGCAAAGUAACAACUCGGCGGUGUCGAUAUGAGAAUUAGAUUUAUGGUUUAGUAAAUCUACAUGAACUCACUGUCCACAUUUUAUUCCAUAUUAUGAGAACGUUGAAACUUGUUUACCUCCUUUCUACAACCAGGGGUCAUUUGAAAGAAGUGUGAAGAAGCAUAUUGACGUUAAGCUAGCGUGGAAGGUAAAACUGCAAUACCAGUGUCGUAUCAUUAAGGUGGGUUGUGGAAUCUAUCUAUAAGAAUAACUAUGUUUAGUAUAUUUACUAAGUAGUUUAAGUGCCAGUGAUCCCAAAACCAACGAAAUUGUAUGUAUAAAAUUUUCUACGCCCAGAACCUGAAACAGAAUUUGACAGUAAUAAUAAUUAUAUUAUUUUUUAUUUUACACCAAAAAAAAUAUAAAACAUUUUAUAUAAUUGCUGGAUACAGUGUAAAAAUGGGCAUAGUAGUAGUUACGUAAAGCCUUUUUGUAUUUUAUUUAUUGCUUUCAAAUUCAGUUUCAGGUUAUAGCGUGAAAAAUUUAAAAGAUUCAUACUAAUAGACAAAAAAACACACACACAAUCUGUAAAUUGUGUUCUUGGUAUUGAAUUAUUUACUUACUACGUACGAAUUGUAAAAAAAAUACUAAACAAUUUGUUUUCAUGAAAAAUAUUUUUUUUAUAUUAUGUUUUAAUAUUAACAUGACUAGAGCUUGCCUCAAUUAUUUUUCAUAAUUAUCCUACUAGUAUUAUAAUUUUGUAGGUUGUAUGUUUGUUACUCAAUGUCGAAAAAACUACUGAACGGAUUUGGAUGAAAUAUGGUACGCAUAUACUUUAUGGCUUGGAUUAAGACAUAUCGUACUUUUAUCCCGGAAAAAUGUUAGGUUCCUGAGGGAUUCUCUAAAAACUAAAGAUAACGCGGGCGACGUCGCAGACGGUACCUGGUUUUUUAUAAUUUAUUUUUAAUUAGGGACAUUUUAUUGUUCGAUGGUAUCACUUAUUCAUUUGGAAUUUGAAUAAUAACAAGUAUUAUAAAAUUCACAAUCAUUUGUCGUGAUUGAUAAAAAAUAUGUUUAUUAGUGUCGCCGCACACGGGCCACUCGCCACAGCCACAAACGACAAAAAGUCGCCACGAAAAGCUAGAAGCGGUUACUAAAGUGGCUAAAGCGCGCGACAGCGGCCGACUAAGGCGUAAAAUACACAGAAGCGAUGAAAGAUUCGGUUACGAUGUGGAUAUGGAUCGGAUUUGCUGUCGCUUCAAAUUAUAUUCGUACAAAAUGUAUGAAAAAGAUUCGUCGUAAAUUACACAGAAAGGAUGCGGCGCUGAUUUAUCACUUGAGAAUCCGCGCCACCUCGCUUACAGUUGCGACCGACCGCCGUGCGAAGAGCACGUAUCGCUUGUUAUACAGUACCAAUACAAGUUUGUUUGCAUUUCUUCUUAUUAAUUAAUCAUAAAACAAACAAAACUAAAUUUGUAACUUUUACAUUGAAAAGAAAUAAAGCCAAAAGAAUCAAACAAAUACGAAACGUGUUUUAAUUUUACUAACCUUAGUGUUAUCAGUAGUUUUUCCUCGGGACAGACUGGUUCUCUCCAAUAAGUAUGUUUCUUCUGAAGACCCUGUUUUACCGUAUUCAAUAUAAUAUGGAAACAUUCUAAAGACAUUUUGUAUACUUCAGGAAAACGGAUAUCUGGAUAUUCAUAUAAUUUUUCCACUAUCUGAAAAUAUAUCUAUGUUCUUGUGACAAACACCAUACAGGAUGCACCCAAUAAGACCUUUGUCUAUGCACAUUUUGUAUAUUCAUAAAUUGGAGCACAGCAAACGCGUCUUCGUCUUCUGAAGAGGUCAUGUUUUGCAACAAAGUCAGCCUGUAUAAUAACGAUCUUAAGCAGAUCUUUGCCUUUUAUAUGUAACUAGCGGCCCGCCCUCGCUUCGCUUCGGUGUAGAGCUGAAGCGUAGACUACAGUUUUUGUUCUCAGGCUUGUUUUAU